AUGGAGGACAAAAGAACAAUCAAGGCUGGUAAUCAUCCAAAUGGAAAUACUAAUACUAAUAGUGAUAAUGCAAUUAAACCCAGAAAAGUUCCAGUAUUAUCAAACCUAAGUAAAACUGAGAUAUCUGCUUUGUCUGGUGCGAUGGCUGGAUUUUUGUCUGGUGUUGCUGUUUGUCCAUUAGACGUUGCUAAAACCAGACUACAAGCACAAGAUAUAAAUAUAAAAUCUAAACUAAAAUACAGAGGAAUAUUUCAAACAUUAACAAGGAUUGCUUCUGAAGAAGGCAUUUUGGGAUUAUACAGAGGACUUAUUCCCAUAACAUUAGGUUAUUUUCCAACUUGGAUGAUUUACUUCACUGUUUAUGAAAAGGCCAAGAUUUUUUAUCCAACUAUAUUUCAUGAAUAUAUUCAAAUCGAUAAUAAUCAUACUUUAAAUUUCUUAUCUUAUAGUUUUUCUGCGAUAACUGCAGGAGCUGUUUCAUCUACUUUCACUAAUCCAAUAUGGGUAGUUAAAACAAGACUAAUGCUACAAACUGGAAAUGGGCAUACAAUUUAUGAUUCAAUAAAUAAAACAUCUAAUAGUCAAACGAAUCAAAAUAAUAAUAUUCAAAUUAAAAGUACAAAUAAAAAUAAAAACUAUUAUUCUGGAACUUUAAAUGCUUUUUAUAAGAUGUAUAAAAAUGAAGGUAUAAAAGUUUUUUAUUCAGGAUUGAUACCUUCUUUAUUUGGCUUAUGUCAUGUUGCAAUUCAUUUUCCGGUGUAUGAAUAUUUCAAAAAGUUUUUAAAUUGUAAUAUUAAUGAAUCCAAUAGUUCUAAUAAUAUUGUUUCUAAUAACCUAUACCUACUCAAAUUAAUAUUAGCUUCAUCGCUAUCGAAAAUGAUUGCAUCUACAUUGACAUAUCCACAUGAAGUGCUAAGAACUAGAUUACAAAUUCGUUCUUUAACUUCCUUGAAAAUCGAUAAUUCUAAAGCAAGAUUGAAUCAAAAGGGCGAUUUAAUUGAUACCAUAAAGUCGAUAUACAAAAAAGAAGGAUUAAUUGGAUUUUAUUCAGGAUUUUCUACUAAUUUGGUUAGAACUGUACCUGCGAGUGCAGUUACUUUAGUAUCCUAUGAAUAUAUAAAAUUUUUUUUAAUAAAUAUAGUAGAACCUUCUACUUUAUAA